AUGACCAUGGCUCCCCACACUGAGACUUCGUUGAAGGCAUUGACUGUGCCCAAGCUCAAGGUAUGUCUACAGUAUGUCCCCUUACACGUGGCUUGACCCCACACCGGCCCCACCGCCGGUCCUGCUCGACGCGGUCGCCUGCUUCUACGACACGAGGCUGACUCGCAUUUUGUUUGCGUUCAGGACCUCUUGACGGCUGCAUCGUUAUCGACGGUUGGCAAGAAGGACGAGUUGAUCGCGAGGUUGUUGGAAGCCAACGUCGAGGACGGAUCGACUGCCUCGGCCGAGCCAGAAGCCGCUGCUUCUUCAACCACGACGACGGAAGCUACCACUUCGACCGAGAAUGCAUCUGCACCCGUAGCAACCUCGACUGAAGCAGCUUCAACCGAUGCCGCAUCCGCCACCCCCGCCGCUCCUGCCCCGGCUGCGACCCCGGCGGUCCCUGAACCGACAGCAGAAGAGAAAGCCGAACGUCUCCGUCUCGAACAGGAGAAACGGGCCGCUCGAGCAGCUCGAUUCGGUGUCGUAGGUAACGGUGCGACGGCAGCUGCCGCGGUCGAUGAAGUUGUCAAAGCCAAGGAGGAGAGGGCGAAGAGGUUCGGACUGCCGCAGGAGGGGGAAAAGGAGAAGCAAGACCAGUUGGACAAGGUCAGUGGUGGGAUUUGAAUUUUUCGUGUUCCUUAUCAUCAUGCUGACUUGAGAUUGCUCCAUCACGUCAGUCCCUGUCUGCGUUGGAUCGACCCCUCGGCGAGAAAAGGGCACGUGAACCGAAAGCGCCGAAACCCGCUACUGGUGCACCCAACUCGGCCGCAGCUGCACCCGCAAAAGCCGCUGCCCCUGCAAAGAAGGAGAAGGAGAUCGAUCCCGAGCUGGCGGCCAAGUGAGUUUGAGUUUCUCCAGUAGAAACGGAGCCCGUGCUGAUCGAGUCUGGCCGUGGUCCGUUUUUCGACCUCAGGAUUGCCCAAGAAGAGGAGCGAAAGAGAAAGCGUGCCGAACGAUUCGGAGCAUCUGCACCGGUGCGUUGCGUAUUGCAGCUGGUGUUAGCUUCCUGAACUGACUCAAGAUGGAGAAUGACCCCGGCACAGGUCGAGAAGAAGGCCAAGACAGCCGCUUGA